AUGUCAGUUCCAUCUUUGCCUAUUCCCGAGCGUCUCGGCAUAAAUGACCAGGAAGACCAGUAUGUUCAUGCGGUUUAUAAUGAAAUUGCGUCUCACUUUUCAAAAACCCGGUAUAAACCAUGGCCCAUAGUCGAAAAAUUCCUUAACAGCCAAGAGGAUUAUUCAGUAGGUCUAGAUGUUGGAUGUGGUAAUGGCAAGUACUUAGGGGUCAAUAAAAAUUUGUAUAUAAUAGGGAGUGAUAGGUCUAGCGGUCUUAUCGAAUGUGGUAACGAAAUAUCAAAAGGUUCUUUCAAUCUUCUCAUCGCAGAUGGUUUGAACUUGCCGCAUCCUAACGCAACCUUUGAUUUUGCUAUCUCUAUUGCUGUCAUACAUCAUUUCGCUACAGAUUUAAGACGAAUUGAUGCUAUUAGAAGUAUACUUACAAAAUUGAAAAAAGGUGGGAGGCUACUAAUUUAUUGUUGGGCACUAGAACAAGAGACAUCCAGAAGAGGUUAUAAAAAUGGCGAUGCUCAAGAUGUGCUUGUGCCAUGGGUUUUACAAAGAAAGAGCAAGACUAAAAAGAAACAGGAAAAGGAAACACAUGGGAAGAACCAAGACGAUCCUGAGCUGAAUCAAGAACCAGAAACGAAAUACCGUUUUUAUCAUCUAUACAAAAAGGGUGAGCUUCGAGAUGAUGCAAUGAAAGCAGGAAAUUGUCAGGUAGUUGAAGAAGGCUACGAGAGAGAUAAUUGGUGGGUAAUUGUAAAAAAAGAAUAA